GCUCAUAGCAGAGUAAGAUGGCGGCGGGCUCCGAUUUGCUGGAUGAGGUUUUCUUCAACACAGAGGUGGACGAGAAAGUAGUUAGCGAUCUGGUGGGGUCCCUGGAGUCUGAGCUAACCGGCUCGGGUCACGGGAACACCGACAUAAGAGGUCAGGCGGUGGGGAACCACAUUGCAAGCCCUGGGGUAGGAGGCAAUGCCAGUGUCCAGGAGAGCAAAUUGGGACUUGCACAAGAUCUGGCAAAAGCAGGGGCUGGAGUGCAAGGGGGUGUUAUUAAUAAUACGAGGUCCCAGGGUUCAGAUAUGGAUGCAACGACAGGGAUCACAUCAUCGGCGGGGUCGGAGGCAUCAGUGGGGCUCAGCCAAGGCAAAACUGUGGCUGUCAGUGCCAUGGUAACCGCUGUGCCCAACCACGGAGCGGGCAACGGGAAAAUCGGGACGUCUGCGGUGCAAACUUUGAAUGGGAGUAAUGUAGUAAUGAACUCUCACAAUUCAGGAAGUGCCGCUGUUUUCCCCGGGACGCCAGUAUCAAGUGCUACGACUUGCAGCAGCAGCAGCACUGCACCUGCUGUCACAGUUGUCAACAACGGACCUGGAUCGGUUGUGAAAGGAAAUGUAAACGCUGUUUUGCCUUCAGCCUCAAGCACUGUUAUACAGACCUCUUUCGUGAACGCGCAGAAUGUUGUUACUUCGACAGUGAUCUCGUCUCAGGCGACAAGUUUGGGAAGUGGACCUACAGUGACUCUAGUGCGGCCUCCGAUGCACACGACCGGACCGGGUACGACGCAGAAUGGGAGUACGAACAGUACGGUCCUGACUUCGGCGGUCAGUGUAGCGAGCCUGCCCGCCCCGGUGGGAUCUGGAAUAUCUUUACAGGCUCCGCUUUUAAACAGCAGCCCGUCGCCCGUGAGCGCCGGGGCGCAGGUGAUCAAGUCGGAGUCCCCCAAAACUAUCAUCCAGACUACAGCGCAGGCAGUUGCGCCCGGUGUGGUGGCGAACGCCGGUAACUUGACUCUUGGUCAGCCUAUGCAAAACGCCCUGCAGCCAGGACCUCCACCGCAGCCCAGUUCGGCCGCGGCUAUCGGGAAGAGUCCGGUCUUGCAGAAUGUAGCCAGGACUUCCACUCCGGGAGCAGUCGUGCCCGGUCCGGUCGGAAUACGGACUAUAGCUCCGCAGGUGUUGGCUCCCCGCCUGCCCCACGCACCGCAGAAUCAGCCAAAUAUCCAGAACAUCCAGCUGCCUCCAGGUAUGGUUCUGGUGCGCAGUGACAGCGGCCAGUUGUUAAUGAUCCACCAGCAGACUCUGGCUCAGAUGCAGGCCCAGUCCCAGUCCCAGAGUGCCAUGGCUCCUCGCCCCUCCACACCCACCAGCACUCCCCCUGUCCAGAUCACCUCAGUGCAGGCCCCUGGAACUCCAAUUAUUGCACGGCAGGUCACACCAACGACGAUCAUCAAACAGGCCUCUCCUGCACAGACAACAGUGCAAGCUACCACUACACUACAGAGACCUCCUGUCCUACAGAAUCCCAUUGUGCUUGGGGGGACAGCCACAGCCACAUCAAUUGGGGCCCCGUCUUCAGUGCAGCCAGGGGCCUCCCAGCGGACCGUAACAGGGGCCACUGGGACCCCAGCCACCACUGCAACGGAAACAUUAGAAAAUGUGAAGAAAUGCAAGAAUUUUCUUUCCACGUUAAUUAAGCUAGCCUCAAGUGGGAAACAGUCUUCAGAGACGGCUGCCAAUGUGAAGGAACUGGUGCAGAACCUUCUGGAAGGAAAAAUCGAAGCUGAAGAUUUCACGAGCAGGUUAUACCGGGAGCUCAAUUCCUCACCUCAACCAUAUCUUGUGCCUUUCCUCAAGAGGAGUCUCCCUGCUUUGCGGCAGCUCACCCCUGACUCCACUGCGUUCAUCCAGCAGAGCCAGCUCCAGCAGCCCAGCACACAGGCCACCACCACCCUCACGGCAGUAGUGCUGGGCAGUACAGUGCAGCGGACAGCUGGCAAAACCACUGCCACCGUCACCAGCACCCUCCACCAGCCCGUCAUCAGCCUGGCACAACCCAGCCACACCAAGCCAGGGCAGCCGGCACCGCUGAUUCUUCAAUCUCAACAGCAGGGGACAAUGGUGCGGCCCCAGGUGACUUUGACACAGACGCCCAUGGUAACGCUCAGGCCUCCUCACAGUCGGAUAAUGCUGAGUCCGCAGCCGGUGCAGGUGAAACAGCUUCAGACAGUCCCCAUGGUAAAACAGACAGUAUUACCAGGUACCAAAGUGUCUCCUGCUUGUCCAGCACUGACAUCAGCAGCUCAGAAGAAUAAAAUGAAGGAUGCAGGGGGAGGGUCUUUCCGGGAUGACGAUGACAUUAACGACGUGGCCUCGAUGGCCGGCGUCAACUUGUCUGAGGAAAGUGCCAGGAUACUGGCUACGAACUCCGAACUUGUGGGCACGCUGACGAGAUCCUGCAAGGACGAGGCCUUUCUCUUCACAUCCUCUUUACACAGAAGGAUAUUAGACAUAGGUAAAAAAUAUGGAAUAACAGAACUUGGUCCAGAGGUGGUAAACUUUGUCUCACACGCAACACAACAAAGGCUGCAGAACGUAAUAGAGAAAGUGUCAGAGAUCGCACAGCAGAGAAAUAUGUCGUUCAAGGAGGACGAUCGGUACGAGCAAGUCAAUGAUGUGCGCUCCCAGCUGAAAUUCUUUGAGCAGCUAGAUCAAAUCGAGAAGCAAAGAAAGGAGGAGCAAGAAAGAGAAAUCUUAAUGAAGGCAGCAAAGUCUCGAUCUCGACAAGAAGACCCAGAGCAGCUCCGGUUGAAACAGAAGGCCAAAGAGAUGCAGCAGCAGGAGCUGGCCCAGAUGAGGCAACGGGACGCCAACCUCACAGCACUGGCGGCCAUCGGGCCCAGAAAGAAACGGAAACUGGACUCUCCAGGAUCUGGGGCCGGAGCUGAGGGCUCGGGCUCCCACGCGUCUCUACCGGGCAGCUCCAGCGCGGGCGCGUCACGACAGUUCACACGCCAGCGGAUCACUCGCGUCAACCUCAGGGACCUCCUCUUCUGCCUGGAGAACGAGCGGGAGACCAGCCACUCGCACCUCCUGUACCGUGCUUUCCUGAAAUAGCACCGGCUGCUGGCUUUCUGUGGGCAGGAGGCGUUCAUGGGACUUUCCUCGUUUGUGUCUUUUAAUAAAUGAUAUAUAUAAAUUUUACAGAGAGCGCCUUUUUGUAACACGCAAAUGGACAAAUGUACAAAAUUAUACAUAAAGAAAUCCAUUUUAUAUUUCUGUUUAUUCAAAAGGUUCAGUUUAAAUUUCUAUAAAAUUGUUACUGUUUUAUUAUAACUAUUAUUUUAUUACUUUAUUAUUAUGGCCUGUGGAUUCUUUUAACUGGACAGAUAAUUGUUACUCAUCAUUUACUGAGUUGCCUUCUUGCCAAAAUAAGCCAUAUAUUCGUACCUGAUCUUACAAGGCUAAGCAAUUAAUCAGCUACUCGUUUUACUGAUUUUUUCCCACUGUUUUGACCUCAGAUUAAUUUAAACUGGUGUGUUUUUUGUAUUUAAGAUUUUUAAUCAAAUUAAUGAUUAUUUAUCUGUCAGUUUGCUUUAAGUGUUUGAAUUGAGAAGAUUAUAUAAUCUCAAUAGCUAUUGUCAAUUUAACGCAUGGUUUAAAGGCCUCUUGAGCCUACGCAAUUGUCCAUAGUUUGAAUAAAAAACAACAAAUUUGAUACAUUUCCUAAAACAUUUUUAAAGAUGACUUUAGUAAAUUCUUUGCAUAAAUCUAAUUUAAUUGCACUGUUUUGGUUUUUCUAUUAAAAACAAUUUGAUUCAGAUAUGAAAGAUGUGUCACUGAGAUUGCCGAACUGUUUUUAAAUAUGAAUCAAAUGUAGAAGAUAAUUUCUGGGAAUUAUUGCCAGUAAUUGUAUAUAACUUUGGCACAUAAAAUACUAUGUACACCAUAAUUAUUUUGCUAAAAUGGACUGCAUUCAAUUACAGACCUACUUUCAAGCAAACAAGAAGCCAGAGGAUAGUCCCCCAUUCUUACCUAUUUUUUUAUUAAAUAUACUAAUUGUUUCUUUAUAUUUUUCUCAAGUAUUGUAUUACAAUUGUUUAUCAAUAGUACUUUUAUGAUUGUAAAUACUUUUGUUUGUAAUUAUAUGUUGGUUAUUCAAUGAACAAAACUUUUCAAAUGCUAUGUUGUUCAAUGAACAUUAUGUGUAAAGUCAAUGCUAUCCAGUAUUUUUACCAAUGUCUGGUAACUGUUACACUUUCCCCUUUGUCUUUUACAGAGAAGAAAGAAAAAAUUAAACUCGUAUAUAUCCCUCUUUUCAUGUAAAUUUUGCACAGUCACUUGUUUAUAUGUAAAUAUUUUACCUAAAAAAGUUUUUAAUUGCUAUUGUUUUAUAUAGGAUUGAAAGAGAAUUAACUCCUUCAUUAAAAAAAACAAAAACAGAA